AUGGAGGUUUUCGUGUUUCCAGGUGAAGUUACUUCUCCAUCGUUUGCAGCAUACUCGGCUGCUGCUCCACCCAGCGACCCCACCUCAACAUUCAGCCCGUCGAGUCACUACACUACAUUCAUCACUUCCGGGAUUCCCUUUCCGUCUUCUGUGUCCAUCAGCCAAACGAAAGUGCAGUCCUCAACACCAGGCACACCUUCUUAUUCGACCUCCCAAUCGCAAACCUCAUCAACCGAUACUAUCCCUGCUGAACCUAACAUCCCUUUUCGUCCUGGCUACCGCUCAGUAGCUUAUUACGGGAGUUGGGAUAUCUAUACACGGAACUUCCAGCCCCAAGAGAUACCAGCAAAGCGGUUAACUCAUUUGCUUUACUCAUUUGCUGAUAACAAGCCUGAUGGCACCGUCUUCUUGACAGACUCAUACGCCAAUGCGGAGAAGCACUAUGCAACCGAUUCCUGGAACGAUGUGGGAAAUAAUUUGUACGGAUCACUCAAGCAGCUCCAGAUUCUGAAAGCCAAGAACAGGAACUUGAAGGUGCUAUUGAGCAUAGGCGGAUGGACACACACCAACACAAACAAGCACAUGGACGGCCCUAUGGCUACGGCUGAAGGCCGGCAGCGCUUUGCGUCUUCUUGUGUUGAAUUGAUCCGCGACUAUGGCUUUGAUGGGAUUGACGUGGAUUGGGAAUAUCCCAAGGACAAAGAGCAAGGGUAUCAAUGGCUAGAGCUGUUGAAGGAGAUUAGGAGCCAGAUGAACAAAUAUGCCGAUAAGCUCGUGCAUAAGGACGACUCUGGAUAUGAACUGAAGCCGAAGUUCCUCUUGACGAUUGCCUCGCCGGCUGGUGAGAAGAAUUACAGGAAUCUGCCUUCAAGGGAAAUAAGCGAAGUUACCGAUUUUAUAAACCUGAUGGCAUACGACUACGCUGGUUCCUGGAACAAGCAAACCGGCCAUAACUCGAAUCUCUAUCCUUCGACGUCGAAUCCCCUGAGCACACCCUUCAAUACAGCUUCUGUCCUGGCCGCCUACAACGCUGCUGGCGUUCCGUCCUCCAAACUCAACCUUGGCAUGCCGCUCUAUGGUCGCUCCUUCACCGGUACUCAAGGUGUAGGGAAGUCAUUCGACAGUACUGGCGAGGGGUCGUUCGAGAAGGGCAUCUAUGACUUCAAGGACCUACCGGUAGCAGGUGCACAAGAGUAUUAUGAUGAGGAGGUUGGUGCAUCCUAUAGCUAUGACGAGGGAAGCGGCACAUUUGUCAGCUACGAUACUGUGGCCAUGGCGCUGAAGAAGGUUGACUACAUUGCGCAACAAAAAUUGGGUGGCGCCAUGUGGUGGGAGAUCAGCGGUGACAAGACGGAUAACGCCGGGAGCAUUGUGCAAAAUGUUAUUGAGAAAAUGCGCGGCGGCGGAAGUGGCGCAGGCAUUGAGUCGUCCUCCAACUGGCUCCUGUACCCGGACUCAAAGUUUGACAACAUCAGGAAUGGCGUCCUCACGCCACAAGUCGCCCAGCGGCUGCGCAGGGCCUGA